AGCGAUCGGAGAAAUCACGCGGUGUAUUGCCGCUAUCACAUUGAAGUCAGAGCGUAUUUUCGCAUAUGUCAAAGCCAAUGGUUUCGCUCGUGGGGCCCAGCGGCGUGAACCCACGCCGACGAAAGCUAGUCGACCAAGAUGUUCCUCGUGAAUUGCGCACGAAAAGGGCAAAGAGAGUGCGACUUUCUCCUCGCCAGCGCCAGCAGCGUAUUAUUGAAGAGAAGGAAAGGUACCAACGGCUUGUACUUUUCUGGAUAAGAAUCAUCCAGUACUUCAUGAAUAAGGCUGCAAGAGCAAAAGCAGCAGCAGCAGUAGCUUCGGUACCAGUCUCAACAGCUGGUCCGUCAUCAACAGUCAGCCCAUCAUUGGCAGCAGGACCUUCGUCAGCAGCCGGCCCAUCCUCGGCAGCCGGCCCAUCCUCGGCAGCCGGCCCAUCCUCGGCAGCUGGCCGAUCAUUGGCAGCUGCACUGCUCUUGGCAGUUGGACCGUCAGCAGCAGCUGGACCAUCCUCAGUAGCCGGUCCAUCCUCAGCAGCCGGUCCAUCCUCAGCAGCUGGUCCAUCCUCAGCAGCCGGCCCAUCCUCAGCAGCCGGCCCAUCCUCGGCAGCUGGCCCAUCCUCGGCAGCCGGCCCAUCCUCGGCAGCUGCCCGAUCAUUGGCAGCUGCACUGCUCUUGGCAGUUGGACCAUCAGCAGCAGCUGGACCAUCCUCAGCAGCCGGCCCAUCCUCAGCAGCCAGCCAAUCGUUGACAACCGGACCGCUGUUGGCAACCAGACCAUCGUCAGCAGUCAGUCCAUUAUCGGCAGCUGGUCCAUCAUCAGCAGCUGGACCAUCGUCGGCAGCCGGUCCAUCCUCAGCAGCCGGCCCAUCCUCGGUAGCUGGCCAGUCAUUGGCAACAAGACCAUUGUCAGCAGCCGGACCAUCAACGGCAUCUGGACCACUGUUGGCAGCUGCAUCGUCAUUGGGAGCUGGACCGUCAUCAGCAUGCAGCCCAUUGGCAGUGACAUUGCAGACAUCAGCAGCAUCACAGCCAUCAUACAGUGGUGGAGAUGCAGGCAAUGCUGAUGUGGUCUUAGCACAGGAACCUGAGCAACCACCACUUGUGGAGCGUUUCAAUUCCAUACCAUUACUAGAGGGUGAUACGAAAGAGAUGUACGUGAUCGUGGACGAUUCAAAUUACACCUUCGAAUUGCCCUUUGAGUGCAUGGGAGACGCUAAAUCGGGAACUGAGGAAGCCAUUUGAGUUUAUUCUCAUUCCCAGCUGAAUAUCAUAUAACUUACGUGUUUUACUAAUACAAAUUAUUCAUGAAUAUAAGCAUUUUAUAACCUAUCAUAACUUAGUAAGAAGUAGUGUCUUGUAUUAACAAUCAUUAAUUACUGAGAAAUAAAGUACUAUCACCCCA